AUGGGAGGCUUUGAAGGUCAUCUGUACCCAGGGCUGUGUUUUUUCUUCUGUGGACUUUAUAAUGCACGACUAGUCUCUAGGGCUUUGAUAUGCAACUCCGUUGUCCAAUAUCCACCAUGCCAUCCUUGGAACAAAGGAAGAUGGGCAUGGCUACAGCAAAUACACUGUGUUGGCUUACUGAAGAUAUUGAACGCCUGCAUUUUAGUAGCUCAAGAGUUCUAUAACAUUCCUGGACAGUUAGUACUUAUCAGCAAGAUAUAUCACCAGAGAAACUUUAUGUACCACAAACAAUGGCAGCAUCUUACUCUCUAUAUGUCUUUCUUUCUGAAUGGAUGUUUAGACAUGGUGAGCCAGAACCUGCUGUCUCAGAGGUGUGCAGCUCUGGAGCAAGGUGCCCAAGCUCUGGGCACGUUUAUAUAUCUGCCCCUGAUGGUGUCUCACAUGCAGGACACAGAAGGAGUGGAGCUGCAGUCUCAUAUGCUGCUCACUCAGGCCAUAUUCCUGCUGACCCUGGCGGUGAUUGCAGAGCUGUGGGCUCCCAAUGAGCCACUAAUUUGGAUGAUGAAGGCCUUUUUUUAUAUGGUCACAGGUUCUUGGCUAAUGCAAAUAGGCUUUAUGCUAUACAAACCCAUCUCUGGCUAUAAAUGGAUGGAUGAUGACAAAAAUGACAUAGAGUUCACCACCACUUUCUUCUGUUGGCAUGUGUUUUUCAGUGCUAUUUUGAUGAUCUGGAUCUACAGCUUCUCUUUUGUGUGGUAUCGCUACAUUUUUGUUAAUGCCGGAACCAGGAUGUAUCCAAGUUGUUCCCUGUUUUUUGUAUACUCCAGGACAUCUGGAUGAGAAGCCAUGGGAGAUAUCGGCAAUGUGGUGGUAAUCCUGAUCAUUUUGCAAAGUACAUAAAAUCAACUCAAGAUAAAUCUGGGGGAAAACGAAAACUCCAAGUAAGGAUAGCAUUUGGAAAUGAGGGUGUAAUCUUCAUCAUCAUCCACCAGAGGGCACCAUCUCCUCGUGAGCCUGUAAAGGACCCUCACUCUCCCUUUGGAAUUGAUCUAUGAAUUUAAAAGAAGUGUAUAAUUGAUAUUGUGUAAUAGGAGGAAAAGGUCUAA